AUGGGUGAGGUAGCUGAUACAAUGACGAAGAAGAAGAAGAAAGGGAGGCCAUCUCUUCUUGACCUUCAGAAGCGAGCUAUCAAACAACAGCAACAACAACAUCGAAACAACAAUAACGAUGACCCUAGAUCCGGUUCCAAAAACCCUAAUUCUCCCACCUCCCGAUCCAAGCGCCGGAACCCUAAUCCCAACGGAGUUUCCUCUUCCGGUUCCCCUUGGAUCAAAGACGAAGACGACGAGGACGAGAGGCGGGAGAAGAAACACAGGCUCUUGCACGGAUUAAACUCCCACUCUCAUCGACAUUCUCCUAAUUCUCAAUCGGGCGGGUCCGAUCUGAACCGCGACGAGGCUCCCGAGGGUUCCGUUAAUAGACGGAAGAUCGGCGGCGGCGGAUCUGGAUUCACGGGAGAAAAGGCUUCGAAAGCGACAGACAUUCCGCAAGGGUCUCCCGUGGAGUCCGGCCCCACUACUCCUUUGCCAGACAAAAAGUUGUUGGUGUUCAUCCUCGAUAGACUUCAAAAGAAAGAUACUUAUGGGGUUUACUCAGAUCCAGUUGAUCCUGAGGAGCUUCCUGAUUAUCAUGAGAUUAUCACCAAUCCAAUGGACUUUAGCACAGUGCGGAAGAAAUUAGACUCUGGGGCUUAUGCCAGUUUUGAACAAUUUGAGGGAGAUGUGUUUUUAAUUUGUUCAAAUGCAAUGGAAUACAAUUCAUCAGACACUGUAUAUUAUCGACAGGCACGGGCUAUACAAGAACUGGCUAAGAAGGACUUCGAGAAUUUAAGGCAAGACAGUGACGACGAAGAACCACAAAGCCAACAAGAACAACAGCAGCAGCAGCAGCAGCCAAAAGUUCCCAGAAGAGGCCGUCCGCCAAAGAAACAGCCUGAACCAUCUUCGCUUGACCGUACUGCUUCUGAAAUUUCAGCUGAUGCGCUUAUUCCUGGUUCUUACAAUCUAAGAAAGACUCCUCCUUCAAACAAAUUCCGUCAAGCAGAAACAUCUGUUAGGAUCAAUCAUAACAGUGAAACCCAAAGCGGCUGGUCUGUAGAUUGGGAGAAUGAGUUUCCACCUUCGGUUGUGAAGGCAGUUAACAAGUAUGGGAUGAAACAUUUCAAUGUCGAUGAAAACAGACGCGAUACAUACAACCACCUACCCGCUUCUACACAGGAGCCUUCAGUUUUGACAACGCUUGAAGACGAGUUAAAACAGUUGAUUCCAGUUGGCCUGAACACUGAGUACGGUUACGCAAGGAGUCUAGCAAGAUACGCUGCAAAUCUCGGUCCUGUUGCUUGGAAAAUUGCAUCAAAGAGAAUCGGAACCACGUUGCCCUCUGGAGUUAAAUUUGGUCAAGGUUGGGUUGGAGAAAACCCAGCAGGAACUGAAGAGGAUGAUCCUCAAAAACAAACCGUAGUAAUGCCAUCCCUGGGAAAACAAAAGUUUUCUAAUGACUUACCGUCUGAUGAUCAUUCAAACAGAAUCCUGUCUCCUACCGCUUCAGUCUCGAGCGCUUUCAUAGGAAACAGACAUUCUUCUUCUCAAGGAAUCGAAGAGACUGCACCUGCUGCUCGUGUCUUGAAUAGAGAAACCGAGUUCCCAUCAUCGUCCUCCUCUCGCCAGGGAGGACCGCUGAUCAAACCUGAGAGCAGCAACCGCGGUUUCAGUGGAUUCAGUCAUAGUCCAAGUCCGAUGAUCGGAGUCACGAGCCAGCAACAAGCAAACUUAACUAACGAGGCAAUACCAGGCUCGCAACAACAAGGGUUGUUGUUUCCUUAUAAUAAACAGGAGUUUCACCGGUUUCCACCGGACCUUAACGCUAGGAUUGUAUCACCAAACUCUCCCGGGGCCAAUCAGCAGACUAGUUCGUCCUCGUCUCAGCAUCCGGAUCUGGCAUUACAGCUCUGA